AUGGCAUCAUCAUAUUCAAAUCGUGACGAUAAUAACAUACUAAUACCAAAUUAUGCAUUAGAUACAAGUUUAGGUAUAAAUAAAUUACGUAUUACUAUACAAAUUCAAGGUUUAAAAUCAUCAACUAUAUUAGAAUUUCAUAAAAAAUUAAUUCCUAAACUUUAUAAAAAAGCAUCAAAUGGUGAAAUUAUAUUUCAUUUAAACAAUGAUAAUUUCUUAUUUGAAUUUCAUGGACAUGAUACCUUAAAAGGACAAAAUUAUCGUCUUCAUGUUGAUAAAUUACCAGGUACAAUAGAUAAUAAACGAUCACAAUUAAUUGUACGUGAAAAUGCUGUAGAAAUUAUUCUUAUAAAAAUUGAUAAUAGUUCAUGGUCAUCUGUGAUAAAUGAAGGUUUACAUACUAUUGAAAAUGAAAAAAAGUAAUCUUUUUUAUUGAAUGAACACUUUUCCAUUUGUUUGUCUUCUCCGGUUACUUGUUUUUUUUUGGAUAAAUGUAAAUAUUCUGUUUUAUUUUUCAAUUUAUCUCUUUAAUUUAUCAAUGAAUGUACUUACUUACCAUCUCAGUUUAUAUGCAUUCAAAUUUUUCCCUUUUUUUACUUACUUCCCUAAUAAAAAUGGUUUAUUUUUGUGCCUCUGUUAUUACCAUGGUUAAGAAACAAAUAUGUUUUGUUUUUUUUACAAAUUUGAAAUGCUGUUUUUCUGAAUUGAUUACACACUACCAUGUUUGUGUUGUAAAAAAGACUUAAUUGUUUUUUUUUUCACUUAUUUCGGUUCGU